AUGGGACUGGUGAUGAUAGUGGUGUUAAUAUUGUUUAUGUUAAAUCUCGUUACGGGAAUACCAUACGCUGAACCACCGAUAGGUAAACUACGAUUCAAACAGACAGUACCAUUGAAACCGGAUGCCACCACCAAAGUGUCCACAACUAAUAUCAAUGGCCAACAAUUGAAACCAAUAAUGUGUGUCCAAUCGCUAUUGGCAUUCAAUACGUCGACAAAAAACCAGAUAAGCGAAGAUUGUCUGUAUCUGAACAUAUGGACUCCGAAUCUGACUCCUAGUGCCCGGUUGCCGGUAAUGUUGUGGAUACACGGCGGUAGUUAUCUUCACGGAUCGGCUUUCGAAGUGGACACUAACGGCCAAUUGCUGUUCAACGGUACACAAUUGGCGCUCCGGGAUGUAGUUGUUGUUGCGAUUAAUUACCGUUUAGGUGUUUUUGGUUUUCUAUAUGCUGGCGGACGGGAAGCACCGGGAAAUAUGGGUAAUUGGGAUCAAAAUGCUGCCCUCCAGUGGGUGCACAACACGAUCGGCAAUUUUGGCGGUAAUCCCGACGAUAUAACACUGGUUGGCCAGAGUGUUGGCGGUCUAUCGGUUAGUGGACAUAUGUUUAGCAGGUUUUCUCGGCAGUUGUUCAAAAAAGCUAUCAUACAAUCAGGUAGACUAUUGAAUUGGCACAGUUAGUUAUUGUUUAAACAAAUUU